GGUUCGUUUCAACAAUUAUUCAAGGGGGGGAAUGGAUGUGUCACACACCCUUUCGAACCCUAAAAAAUCUCCAAUUUAAAUCGAAUCUUCCCUCAUUCUCUCUCUCUCACAAUUCAUCCCUCUUACUGCGCUGUAAGAGAAGAUCUCUCUCUCUCUCUCCGACCUAGAUUCCCUCUCAAUUGUCUGAAAAUGGUUGCUGCUAAGACUAAACCUUCGAGUGUCUCUGGGAAGGAUGAGGUGAGCAAUGGUGAAGAGUUGGUGGGCUCAAAGGUUAAGGUUUGGUGGCCGAUAGAUCGCAAAUUCUACAAAGGAGUGGUUGAUUCGUUUAACUCUCGCACUAAGAAACAUCGGGUUUUUUAUGAUGAUGGCGAGAAAGAGAUCUUGGAUAUGAACAACGAGAGGUGGGAGUUAGUUGAAGAAGGAGAUGAUGAUGAUGAUGAUAAUGCUGAUGAGGACAAAUCUGACGAUGAGAUCGCUGAUAUUAUCCCAGAACCGACUAACAGGAAGUCUGCUAGGACAAAUGGCGUCAUGGGAGAUAUUGGGGGGAAGAUGGUAGCAGCGGCAUCGCGUCUGAGGUCAUGCAAUAAGAUUUCUGAAGCAACCAACGGGAAGAAGAAAAGGGCUUCUUCGUCUCCAUCAGAGGCUGUCUCUGAAAAGGAGGCAAAACCUAUGGCUUCCUCUAAGAAGAGCAAGAGGACUGAUGAUGAAGAUGAAGAUGUGGGUGGUGAUGAGCAUGCAUCUGACGAUGAAUCCAAGCCUCUGCAGAUUUUGGUUGAUAAGUUGAAGGGCAAGAAAAAGAAGAAGAAGCAGGAGAAGGAAGCUCCCAAAGAAGAAGUGGAAGAGGGUGAAACCAAGGAAGAAGUGGAAGAGGGUGAACCCAAGGAAGAAGGGGUAGAGGAAGAGGGUGAAGAGGCUUAGACAAGAGUUUCGCAGUCUGUGUCUAUGUGCAAGUACCGUUAGAAGAGUUUUUAAUUUAUACAGCUGAGUCUUAUUUGGUUUAAAGUAUAGGACUUUGUAGGGAUUUUAGGCUAUGUUGAUUCGAAAAAUGUGCAGCCAUAGGGGUUGAGUAAAGCUAAUCUGUUGAACUAUGAUUUGUGAAAUGUUUACCAUUUAUUUA